GGAACAAAAAUAGACCAAUGAUUUUAUUUGGCUUUUUUUUUUUUUUUUUUUCCUCCCAAAAUGUCACUGUUGUGUAAAAGCAGUAUCGCACCUGCAAUGAUGAGAUUCUACUGAAUCUCCUACACUCACCGGCCACUUUAAUAGGAACUUGUUCUUGAUUCUAAGACUCCUGUUCUUGGCUGCAGGAGUGGAACCCAAUGUGGUCUUCUGCUGUUGCAUGCGGAGAUGGGUUUUCUGCUCGCCAUGGUUGUAAAGAGUGAUUUACGAUAUCCUUCCUGGCAGCUCGAACCGAUCUGGCCAUGUUCCUCUGACCUCGAUCGUCAACAAGGCGUUUGUUUCCACCCACAGAACUGUCGCUCGCUCACUCGAUGUUUUGUUUUUCGCACCGUUCUGUCUGUGUAAACUCUACAGACUGUUGCGAGGAAGAACCCUGGGAGAUCAGCAGUUUCUGAAAUACUCAAACCAACACCCAUGCCGUGGGGGAAGGGAAGUCGCACUUUUUUUUUGGAGAUCUCAAUUUUUCUCCUUCUGAUUUAUGAACAUUAACUGAAGCUCUUGAUUUUGGAUCUGCAUGAUUUGAUUCCUUGUGCUGCUGUCAAGGGAUCAGCUGAUUUUCGAGAACUGCAUCAAACAAACAGCAGGUGGAUGGGUGUUCCUAAUAAAGUGUCCGAUCAGGCCACACAGGGACCCUGUAAUGCUCCGAAACCGGGAAUGCUGGACUUUGUGAACAAGGCGAAGUGGGAUGCCUGGAAGUCUCUGGGUGCUUUGUCACCGGAUGAAGCCAGGCAGAAGUAUGUGGACCUCAUCUCCUCUCUGGUGGCUGCAGAGGGACCUCCAGUAGCAGCAGCAGCUUCAUCCACAGGAAGUGAAAAAGCCUUCCAGACGCUGGUGGUCACCACAGAGGACGGCAUCACUACCAUCCAACUGAACAGACCGCAGAAGAAAAACGCCAUCACCCGGGAGAUGUAUAAUGAUCUAAUGGAUGCUCUGGAUCUCGCUGGAAAAAAUGACUCCGUCAUUACAGUCCUCACAGGCAGUGGCGAUUACUACUGCAGUGGCAAUGACCUGAACAACUUCACCAAAAUCCCAGAGGAGGGUAUUGAGCAGCUGGCAAAGGAUUCUGGAGAGCUCCUCAGACGAUAUGUGAAGGCCUACAUUGACUUCCCGAAGCCUCUGAUUGCUGUUGUAAAUGGACCAGCUGUUGGAGUUUCCGUCACUGUACUCGGCCUCUUUGACAUUGUCUACGCUACAGAAAGUGCGACAUUUCACACCCCUUUCAGUAAUCUAGGCCAGAGUCCUGAAGGCUGCUCGUCAUACACCUUCCCUAAAAUGAUGGGAGUUACAAAGGCCAGUGAGAUGCUCUUGUUCAAUAAGAAGCUGACGGCUACACAGGCGUGUGACCUGGGACUAGUGACUGAAGUUUUUCCUGACAGCAGCUUUCAGUCUGAGGUCUGGACCAGGCUCAAGGCCUACGCCAAACUGCCUCCAAAUUCUCUGGCUCUGUCCAAGCAGCUGAUACGUCAGGUGGAGAAGGACAAGCUCCAUGCUGUGAACGACGCCGAGGUGGAGCUGCUGGUCGAGCGCUGGCUCUCCGAUGAGUGCAUGAAUGCCAUCAUGAGCUUUUUCCAGGGCAAGGGCAAAGCCAAACUGUAACAGGAAAAUCUUCUUUUAUCCUUAGAACAAACGUGACUCUAAUAUAAACUGAAAUGUUCUGUAUCUCAGUACAGAUGAAGGAUUUCUUGAGUGAAAUAUGCCAGUCAUGAAACUUCAUUUAUCUGUUGCUUUAAUAAGCAACUGGUUUUUCCUCAGUGUAGCGUAGAGAAGGUAAGCAUUAACUGUGGUUUUGCAGUGAUUACAUACAAGAAGAAACCAAACAGAACAGUCAUGAAUGAAAUGUAGCUCACGUGAACCGUGCAUUCGUUCACGAUUAGCAUAAUUAGUUUUAUAGGGGACACACAUUCACGGUCCACUUAGAACUCGUGAAUUCCUGUCCACAGCAUUUUGCUGUCUAAACUUUUGAUCAUUUCAGAGGAUUUGUUCAUAUUGUUCUGGGAUUGAUUGAUUAAAGUCAUUUAUUAUAAAAAAUUA